CAUAUUCCAUGUCAGCAGCGAGAGCGAGAGCGAAUGUGAAUAUUCUGCUUGCAACGUUGUGGUUUACUAGGUUGUUCAAAUUAACUAGAUAUCCAUGGACGAGGACUUCUUGAGAAAAGCGAGAAUUUUUGUCCGAGUAAGCUUACAGUACGCAGCAACUGGUGCACUCAACCUCACUGCUGAAGAAUGCCUCCAUCUUUACCUAGAAGCCUUUACCAUGGCAGACUUCCUAGAAGACAAAGACACCAUAAYGCUAGUGUGCAACCAACUUGGAAUGUUAUUUGAGAUGCUACAAGUUUACAAUGAGGCUCUGCAAUACCGCAAACUUCAUUUGACCUUCGCACUUAAAUCAGAGAAUAAAGCAGCUCAAAUUGAAGCUUACACGGGUUUAGGAAAUGUCUCUAUAAUAGUCAACAACCAUCGAGAUGCUCUUGCUUGCUAUCAAAAAGCGAGGAACAUUGCAAUGGAGAUAGGAGACAAGGACAAUGAAGUAGCCUGCUGUGCAACCAUAGGAAAUCUAUACAACACAUUAGGAUACCAUGGUGACGCUAUAAGCUAUUCCAAGCAGUGUCUCGCUCUGGCCUUGGAGACGAAAAAUGCAGUAUACCAGAAGUUGUCAUACGUUAAUAUGGUAUCUGCUUACACUGUAAUGAAGGACUUUCCACAGGUCGUCAACUGUUGUGAAGAAUGCUUGUUAAUUGCCACGGAAGAUGACAAAGAGGUGAACGUGAAUAUUUAUAAAUUACUUGGAGAUGCCUACCAAGAACUGAAAGACUCCCAACGAGCCAUUGAAAGUUACAAAAAGACACUGGAGAUCGCCAAGCAGCUUCAAAUCUACGACAUGGAAAGAGUUGCUUACCAAUGCCUAGGAAAUUUCUAUUUCACUCAAUCGAAGUUCCACUUAGCUGUUGACUAUCUGGAGAAAGAGUUAAUGUGUGCGAUCGAGAUGGACGACAAAAACAAUGUGGCAAGAGUGUAUAGUGAGCUAGGUGGAGUGAGCGCAACCUUAGGUAACUAUGGUGAAGCCAUUGAGAAAUGCCAAAAAGCUCUCGAAAUUGCUGAGAGUAUUGGUGAUAAGUAUGUCGAGGCGUCAGCACUGAAGCACCUUGGUAUUGCUCAUCGAAAUCAAGGCGACUAUCACAAAUCUAUCAAAUAUCUUGAGCGCAGCUUGCAAAUUGCUACAGACCUUGAUUCCAAGGAUGGACAAGCUCGAGCCUACAGUGGUUUGGGAAUGGCUUACCAGUCAUUGGGUAAAUACUACGAAACAGUGAAGUAUCAAAGCAAAGCUUUGGAAGUAAGUGUUGAGAUUGACUACAAGAAGGGCGAGGAAACUGCGCAUGGCAAUUUAGGAGUAGUCCUCGCAUUGCUCGGCCAAUACCAAGAAGCCAUUGUACAUCUAAAGAAAAACCUACAAAUUGCAAGGCAAAUCGAUGACAAAUGUGUCGAAGGAAGAGCUAUUUCUAAUUUAGGAACUUGUUACUUUAAGGUCGAUAAACUUGAAGAAGCAGCAAAUUGUUUCGAAGAAGCUCUAGAGAUCGCUCGCCAAGUGAAGGACAAAGAAGGCGAGGUAGAUGGUUAUGGAAAUCUUGGAAGUUGUAAGGCAGCUUUUGGCCAGUAUGACAAGGCAUUAGAAAUGUUUGAUGACAAGAUCCGUCUGGCUGAAGAGAUCGAUGAAAAAAGUCAACAAGCCAGGGGAUAUAGCGAAAAGGGAUGUGUUUAUAUAAGUUUAAACGAACGCGGCAAAGCAAUGGAAUGCUUUCAAAAGGAGUUGAAAAUUGCUAUCGAGACGGACAGCAAAAGCGAACAAUCAUCCAGCUACAAUAACCUCGGAAGUUUGUAUGCAAUUUUAUCACUUGAGAACAAAAACAACGGUGGACAAGAGAAAGAAAGAGAGGAGUGUAUUAACAAGUCCAUACACUACUUAAGAGAAUCGCUGCGGUGUAGUGAAUGGCUAUACAACCAUCUUCAAGAACAAGACCAUUUCAAGAUAUCUAUCGUUGAUACUUUCAUCGAGCAGUAUAAGCUCCUGAGCACGAUGCUGCUGCACAAUAACGAAGGCAAGGAGGCUCUUUUGGUAUUAGAGCGUGGAAAAGCUCGAGCUUUGGACGAUCUUUUGAUUUCAAAGUAUAACCUGAACCAAGACACCCACUCAGGACGAAAUCCAAUGUCUUACGCUGCCAUAGAAAAGAUGGGAUCAGAGUGCUCCAUUCUCUUUUAUUCUCUUCAAUCGUCAUUCAUUUUCACUUGGAUCAUGAAUUCCGCCAACUUAGUAGCUUUGAGCAUUGGUAAAAGUAAAGCUGGAACAGUACUUUCUGAUGCUGUGAACGACGCCUAUAACACAAUGAAAGUCAGAGAGGUCAAGUGCGAGGACCGAUCAAUUCAAACAGAGCAGCAUGAAGACAAAGUAAAUGUGUCAGUCGUCCCACAGACGUCCGGUUCUCUGGACGUAGCAGAGAAGGUGCUGAUGUCUUCGUAUGGAAAAAUCAAACAAAGAUGCAUACCAGACGAAGAUUUGUACGAUGACGAUAAUCCAAACCCACUUGAAGGCUUGUAUAACACUCUGAUAUCUCCAGUUCUCCCCCUUCUCACUAAAGACGAGAUUGUCAUCAUCCCUGACGGGGUCUUAUUUACUGUACCAUUUGCAGCACUUCGUGACCCAAAAACUGGACGGUUUCUCUCCGAAACGAAGCAGAUUCGCCUCGCACCAUCCCUGACGUUUUUAAAGACGAUACAAGAAUGCCCUGAAGAUUUUCACAGCAGGAAAGGUGCACUGAUAAUUGGAAACCCCAAGGUUGGCACAGUGAUGUUCAGAGGGAAAAAAGAAAAGAUCUCCGAUCUUCCGUCUGCAGAACAAGAAGCUCAAAUAAUUGGUGAGUUGCUUGGUGUCAAGCCAUUUAUAGGAUCACGAGCCACCAAAGAGACCAUCAAACAAAGCCUCCGAGAGGGUGUGGCUGUAGUUCACUUUGCAGCACACGGAACUACCGAUGGAGAAAUAUUCCUAACACCCUCAGGAGCCUGCGACUCGCCUAGUGAGGAGGAUUACAUCCUGACAAUGAAAGAAGUCCAGGAAACUGGUGUUCGUCCUCAACUCGUUGUCCUUAGUUGUUGUCACAGUGGUCGUGGUGACAUCAAAGCAGAGGGGGUGGUUGGGAUGAGUCGAGCAUUCCUUGCGGCUGGAGCUCGUGCUGUGGUAGCGUCACUGUGGGCGAUUGCUGACCAACCUACUAUGGCGUUCAUGGAAAAAUUUUACACUCAUCUGAAAAACGGUCAAAGUGCAAGUAAGAGCCUUCAGCAAGCCAUGAAAGAUAUUAGAGAAAUCCCAAGUUACAGCGACGCGCAGUUCUGGGCCCCAUUCUUUCUCAUUGGUGAUGACGUUACCAUCAAUAUUUUAAAGUGAUUUUUUCCAAGUGACUUUUAAAAGGUAUUAUUUCAAUGUAAUAUUAUUCCUUCUUUAAUGAAUUUCCUUUUGAAAUCAGUGGUGAUUUCUACAAUCUGAUUGCAUCCCAGCAGUGCGAUCUAAUCGCGAAUCGUGGAAGACGAAAUUGAACUUUGUGUCGUGGAAUUUUUGUCUGAAAUCAAACUUGUGAUCAACAUAUUGUCAUGCAACUUUCUAAUCACUGUUUGAUUUCAGACCAAAUUGCACUCCAGUCAUUUUAAUUACCAUUAUGAAGGGCCUAGACCAGAUCUUGAUAGGUGCUUACUAAAUUGCUUAUUAAUUGUCAAGCAACGUUGUAAUCACUCGUUUGAAUUCAGAAGUGCAUUCCACUCAUUUCAAUUACCAUUAUCAAGCGCCUAGAGAGAAUCGGAAUACGUGCUUACUUAAUUGUGAUUAUUAUUCGUUUUGCAAAUUUUAUUUGAAAGUGAUCUUUGAUUUCAUAUAUAUUGAUUCUAGUAUAUAUAAGGAAAGCUAUUUUCCAAUAAAACCAUGUAUAAUCA